AUGCGCAGAAGGCGGCCGCGGGAGCCGGCUAUCCAGCAGCGGCCGGGUGGCGUGGGUGUUGGAGCAGAGAGGAGUGAGGUGAUGUUUGAACUGCCGCGGGGAGCGGGCGACCGGGGAGUGAGAUCACUUUAUUUCUCAUCUCGGCACCUCAGGAGGGACAUUCAUGUUUAGGAUCUUGACUACAGGAACAUCAGAAUGCCUAUUCUUGAACAUCCAGCUUAUCCACCAGCUACUCUCCUUUGCUUGGAAAGUUUGGUGCCUUGCCGAGAAUCCCAAGUAUCCAUGUUGCUGUCAAUAUUUGGAGAGCGUCAGCAGUUGAGUUUUCCAUCCAUCUUUAUCUAUGGACAUACAUCUAGUGGAAAGACUUAUGUGAUGAAGACUCUUCUGAACACAUUACAGCUUCCUCAUGUGUUUGUGAACUGUGUGGAAUGCUUUACUUCGCGACUGCUUUUAGAGGAAAUUCUCAUCCAGCUUCAAAACCAUUCUUCUGAAACAAGACGAGCUUCUCCUGUGCCUUGUGAUACCUUCAAUGACUUUGUGCGUCUGUUUAAACAAGCUCUUGUGAGUCAAAAUCUUCAAGAUCAAACAGUAUAUGUUGUACUGGAUCGAGCAGAACAGCUAAGGGAAAUGGAAGCAAACAUCCUGCCAGCAUUUCUUAGGCUUCAAGAAUUGACGGACAGAAAUGUGACAGUUAUCUUGCUUAGUGAAAUAGUAUGGGAAAUGUUCCGUCCAAAUACUGGAUGCUUUGAGCCAUUCAUCUUGUAUUUUCCUGAUUACAGCAUAGGACACCUGCAGAAGAUCUUGUCCCAGAAUCAUCCUCCAGAAUAUUCUGCGGAUUUCUAUUCUGCAUAUAUAAAUAUUCUGCUUGGCGUCUUCUACAUGGUCUGUAGGGACCUCAAAGAACUUCAGCACCUGGCAGCACUCAAUUUUUCUAAAUACUGUGAACCAGUGGUCAGAAAAGAAGCAAAAGAACGUGACACUCGUAAACUCUGGAAAAACAUUGAACCUCAUUUGAAGAAGGCAAUGCAGACAGUUUACCUCCGGGAAAUAUCCAGCUCACAGUGGGAGCGAUUACAGUGUGAAGAAGGAGAACUUGGGCAGAUUAAAGGACUUUCUGCACACGCACAUGUGGAACUUCCUUACUACUCCAAAUUUCUUCUAAUUGCUGCUUACCUUGCCUCCUACAAUCCUGUUAGAACAGAUAAGAGAUUCUUUCUUAAGCAUCAUGGGAAAAUUAAGAAGACCAACUUCAUGAAGAAACAUGAAAAGACCAGCAAUCACCUCCUUGGACCAAAGCCAUUUCCUCUGGACAGAUUAUUAGCAAUAUUAUAUAGUAUUGUGGACAACAGAGUUGCUCCAACUGCAAAUAUAUUUUCCCAGAUCACUUCCCUUGUGACUCUCCAGUUGUUGUCCGUGGUUGGCAACAAUGACCAGCUCGAUGGACCCCGAUACAAAUGUACCGUAUCUCUGGACUUCAUCAGAGCUAUUGCCAGCUACGAAUGUGGGUCAACUAGUGUCAAGACUGAAAGAACACAGACUGCAAAUGAGUGGAGAUGAAGGAGUUCUGUAGUACAUGGUAAAACAGGUGUUUUGGAAAAGGAACAAAACAUGCAAUGGCAUAAAAGACUGCAACUUUGCAUCACCAACAGGAAUUUCAUAUUUACCAUGUGAAAAUGUAUUUACUUAGGUAUUUUUACUGCUUAAUGACUGGAAUAAGAAUCAUUCAGUUGUUGCUAGAAAGCUGCUUCAUUUUUUUCAAACUUUACAAAAUUUGAAUAAAUAGAAGGUAGGAAGUUAAUUAAAAAUUACGUUAAAAAUCAAUUCUUGAUGGCUUUAUUUGGAGAUAUUCCUUGAUUGUGAUAGAGCUGUGUCUCACGUAUGUGUCUCCAAACAGGUUGAAGUGUUAGCACUACUACAAUGAUUGCUCCAAUAUACUGUGUUUUUGUUUAUAGGACUGUGAACUUCGACAUAAUAAAGUACUUGUACGAUUUCUUGUGAAAACAAGCUUCACAGCCAUAUGGACACUGUGACAAUGACUAAGGCAAGCUGUGUUCAUCUCUCUACUUAGCUGGCCAGAAAGAAGAGUAUUUUGGCUCUUUUGGAUUUGUCCAAACAGGUGCUGGCCCAGCAUGGAUUCUGAUGAAAAUAUUCUGAUUGGUCUGGGUAGAUCUGAGCAGAGGACUAUUUACUGGAGACCCUGGAGUAUUUGGAAGCAAUGUGUUAAUUAUAAACAGCAGGGUUUGAGCACAAUCUGUUCUACUCUUAAUGAUGUUAUCUUAACACUGAAAUUGCCUGAAACCCAUUUACUUAGGACUGCAUUUUGCUCUAUGAACUCUCCCCAGUGCUUUGAACGUGGCAGCAGCCCUUGUUUGUAUGCCCAGUCUUUUCACUUCCUCUCCACAGGAAUCUUUCCAAUUGCCUGCCAAAGUAGCUUUUCCUGAGGCUACCAUUUUAGGAGAGUGGAGUAGCAGAAUACAAUAAAUAUAAGAAAAUAUUUAAAAUCAAGCUGGUAUGAAUGCUUCAGUCAUUCGUAGGCAGAGUGUUACACUGUUAUAUGGAGAUCACAAUGAUUGGGAACUCCCAAUUAAUCAUCAUACUGUCCUUUUUUCAGCCCAUUCAUAAAUGUUAACUACAAAUAUUUUUAUGAUGCUUCUAAAAACUCAUUGAUUCGUGAAAUUCUAACCUGGUAUUGAACUUGAAAGGUUUUUUUUUUUUUUUCUGCUUGAACAUUUUAUAUUCCCUUUAAGCUCAUCCAUUUCUGUGGAGUGCUAAUUAUAAUGCUGUUUUGAAAGAAUGUAAUUUAAGAUACACACUGUGGUGGUUUUUGUAACAACGUCUGUCCUAUAGAGAAGUGUGGCACAGCUGCCUUUCCAUCAGAAAGGGAGAGGUUCAACAGUUGGCAGAGUAUUCCUGUAGCAGUUGCCCAAACAAGGUUUAAUAGUGAAUAAUCAAUGCAGUUCUGUAACAGCACAAGGCUUUGAUUUUGGAAAUAUGUGGUAGAAUACACUGAAACUAUAUUUGUGUCCAGUUUACAAGCAGAGGAGUCCCAGCUUCUGUUACCUUUAUAGAGUAUUGAAAUCCACUGGCCCACUUAAGGAUUAUUGCCUUCAUAAAUCUAAAGUUUUUUCACCAUCUUGAAGACUCAGGGCCCCACAGCCUGUUAUUUGGGUAUUUUGUUCCUGAAUGCUUGACUUUCGCUGUUUAAUAGUGUAAGACCGUGCUAUGUCAUCUGUUGACAAUUAUGGAUUUCUAAAAAGAAAAAUGCACACUUGUCUUGAUAUUGGAGAUGGUCAAAUACCCUGAACAUGUGUAGCUCUUUCUCAUUUUUUUUUUUUCCAAUUGUGAACGUGUAGCCAGCCUUCUGCUUCUGGAUUUGGACUCAGAUGAAGGAGUUCCAGGUGAGUCUAAACAACAAAAGCAUCCUUCUGGCCAAGCUGUCAUUUCCCUCCUCAGGAGAAUGUGAAAGGGCAGGAAUGAGUCAUCUCUGCGAUCCGUUUUCCUUCCGACUGCUGAGCUACAUCAAACCCUGCACCUGUCCAUGAGGUGGCAACAUUUGUCAUGCUUGCUGAAGUAAAUGGAUGCAAAUACAUGACCUGCUUCAAAAUGUUUAUUGCCUACUUUUGUUUUUACUAAUAAAAAUGUAUACAAGUUGUUCUUGGGA